AUGCAAAAUAUUGGAUGGUUGGUGAUUUGCGUGGGUGGAAUAUAUGCCUCGUUCAUUAGCUGGGCCUUGCUGUUUGAAAGGAUCUCAACGCGAGGUUAUGGGCCAGACGAGUCCGAAUUCUUCAAGGCUCCGCUGUUGAUCAACGGGGUCCAGUCACUAUUCGCAUGUUUGGUCGGCUCGGUUUAUCUUAGUCUGAAAACGAAGAAAUUCCAGACGCCGCUGAGCUUUUUGGGCAACCCCGAGAUUCUCAAGAGUUUCGCCACAAUCGCUGUUACCCAGACCAUCUCGUCUCCCAUUGCCUAUUGCUCUCUUAGCCAUGUCAGCUAUCUGACCUACCUUCUGGCAAAAUCGUGCAAACUGAUUCCGGUAAUGCUCGUGCACAAACUCAUAUAUAGCAGGAGCUUUCCCCUUUUCAAAUACUUCGUUGCAUUUCUGGUUACUGUUGGGGUAUCAGUUUUCACUCUGGGUAAUGGCAAGGCCAAGCCAGGGUCCAACGACGGAAACACGCUUCUCGGGAUGGCAUUUUUGGUUAUUUCGCUAUUUAUGGAUGGUCUCACCAACUCGACCCAGGAUAACAUGUUCAAGAAGAAAUUGGGUGUUACCGGUGCACAUCUCAUGUCUGGUCUGAACUUUCUGGCUUGUGGUCUUUCUCUGGUUUAUGUGAUUCUGUUCACCACUGAGCUUCAGGAUUCUGCCAGGUUCAUCGUUAAUUAUCCCCAGGUACUCCAUGACAUAUUGGUGUUUGCUGUUCUAGGCUCAAUUGGCCAGAUCUUCAUCUUCAUCACUCUCGAGAAGUUCGACUCGAUUGUUCUCGUCACAGUUACCGUCACCCGCAAAAUGCUGUCAAUGCUGUUCAGUGUGUUUCUAUUUGGACAUGACCUCAGUUUGUUGCAAUGGGUGGGUGUGGCAUGUGUUUUUGGUGGGAUCUCUGCAGAGGCCAUUGUUGGACUCAAGUCGCAGCCAAAGACAAAGAAGCAGUGA